UGAUGAUGAUGAUGAAAGACUCCUGUUGUCACCUACUCGCUUUCCACUCAUUUUCUGUCCAUCCUCUCCCUCUGCUUUCUCUCUAUGAAGAACAACACUAUUUCAUGCAAAGAUCAUGAAACUCGACCUGAAUACCAAAACUGAUAUAGCAAGUUUAAUUUAUUAUAAUUUUGCAAAAAAAAAAAAAAAGGUUUGGUCUUUGUUUAUUUUUGAAGAGGUGAAGUUUGCUUUUUUCUGUAUCUGUUACCUCUUUCUUGGAUGACGCUUUCUACCUCCAAUCCUCGUCGUUUUCUACUUCUUGCUGUACCCUUAUGUUGCUUUCUCCUCUCUUCUCACAGUCUUGGAGAUUUUCUUUUUCUUUAUCGUAUAAUCUUAUAGUAUGUAGUAUAAAAUCAACCUUAAACUCAGUGCUUCUAUGCACUUAGAGCCGAGCAGGGAAGCAGACACUUGCCUCUAGCCACCCAUGUCGGUUUCUGGGUCUCUUAGCAUUCAAGUUUCCCGCUCUCUGAAAAAAAAAAAAAAAAUCAAGUACCGUGGUUCUGCAAUUUCCGCCCCACUCUUUCUAUUUUCUUUUUUGGGAGAAUUAUUAUCAGUCAUCUUUUUCAGGUUAUAAUUGAUCUUGGUACAUUGUUCCUUCGUUUUCAAGUGAGAAAAAAGAUGAACAUUGUUAAUUGGUUUUCAAGUGAGGAAAAAGAUGAACACUAGAGUCCGCACUGCUCUUCAGGCAAUGAAAGCUCCGUUAAACCAUGAUAAAGAGAAUAUGGAGACUCAAGGCAACAGAGUAAAGGGUGCCCAGAAACCUUCUGUUAACCGGCGUCGAUCAAACAGGGAAAGAAAAUUGGCCUUGCUACAAGUCGAUAAGCUAAAGAAGAAGCUUAGACAUGAAGAGAAUGUUCAUAGAGCAUUGGAGAGGGCUUUUACUAGGCUUUUGGGUGCUCUACCUCGCUUGCCUCCUUACCUACCCGCAAAUACAUUAGAGCUGCUAGCUGAAGUAGCUGUUUUAGAAGAGGAGGUUGUUCGCCUUGAAGAGCAAGUUGUGAAUUUUAGACAAGGACUCUAUCAGGAAGCUGUCUACAUCUCCUCCAAGAAGAAUGUGGAGAAUUCCAAUGAUCCAGGCCUCACCCUUCCCUCGCAAGAAGCACAUCAAGUAGAGAGCUAUUUUCCUCUGACACUGGUUGAUCGAUCAGUACAUAGUUCCAAUAGGCCAGCACAUGGGAAACAAGCUUAUGACAAACCCAAUUCCUCUUCAUUUCUUAGAGAUGAUGGACCAGGAAAGGAGAAUCGUUCAUGUACUAAUUCUGUGAAGGAUAAGCAAUCUCCAGACAAGAAACCUGUAAAAAUUGUGACUCCAAUUAAGAGUGGAUCAAAUAAGCAUGAAUAUGAGAAGUCCUUGGAUCCUUUGAAGGCAAUUUUGGAGCAUGGGAAAACCAAGACUUCUGAAAUGGUUGUAGCACUAAUGCAAAAGGCAACAAUAACUGUAGGGGGACAACUACUGAAUGCAAUUACCAUUGAACAUUUCAUCUUGAGACUUCCUUAUCACUUAAAAUUUACCUGUUCAAAAGCUGCGAAAAAUGAUGAGAUGAAAGCUCGCAUCAUUUUCGGAUUGGAGUGGUCUGAACCUUUGGUUACAUUUGCUCUCUCCUAUGGAAGUUGGUCAUCCCCUGCUGUAAGAGUGUGUACAGCCUCUCAUAUUGAAGAGGAGUUAGAAGCAGCAAAGAGGGAGAAUUUACAGGCAGCAGUUGGGAUUUCAAGGACAAACAAGUUAAUAAUUCCUAAGCUAUUAGAUUGGUAUCUACUUGACUUUGCAAAGGACAUAGAAUCGUUGCUCGAUUGGUUGUCUACAGCUACCUGAUGAACUGAGGAAUGAAGCAGUUAAAUGUCUUGAGAGAAGGGGAAGAGACCCUCUUUCACAGCUGGUACAAGUGAUGCCAUAUGAUUUCAGCUUCAGGUUUCUUUUGUACCUGUGAAAGAUUUUAUUUCUCUCCCCUUUUUUUUUCAUAUCCAGACCUUUCAUCUGCGUUCUGGCGGGUCUGUACAGAGUUACUAUAGAAAUAGUACAAGUACAUGCGUAGUCCUAUCUAUGUAAACAGCUCUAGAGGAUAGUGUUUUCUUCAAAUGGGUUUUGUGAUUUUUCAACCCUACAGCAAGCAAGAAGUCAACCGAGAAACCUUCUCUGCCAAACAAAUAUAAAAUUUGCAGAGCAAUUGACAUUUAAAUUCAUGCAGACAUUACUUUAAAGGAUAUGGGCUAUGUUAUUUUGUUUUCCGGAA